UUAGGUGUAUCUGCAUUUUGGAUGUAAGCAGUGUCUGUGCAGCCUUGUGAGCCUGCCCCUCGCAAACCCUGUUGCCUGUGGGCCACAACAAGGCUGCAGAAAGCAACACAAAGAAUGAAAAGGCGUGACUUCUCGAGGUUCGGGAGCUUCACGUGCGAUGUUCCUUGGACAGACUCCUGCCUCCCACGGAGGUGGUGGACCCGCUCUGUGGCCAUCACCUUUCUUGAGGCAGGUAGAGCAAAGAAACAAAAAAAAUGGCAGCUAGAUAUUGUUUGAAGCUGAAGAAGCUCUUCCUUUCAGACACAUUCCCCUGCCACACUCGUAUUUUCACACUCAACACUUAUGAGUGUUAUUGUUAUUUUUCUCUUCAUAUUGCUGAUGUAAGCUUUAGACAUUUGCAUGUAGGCCUGUUUGAUACAAUCAUUCAGGCUUCAGUUUAUCUGCCAUGAAGAUCAGAAUCAGGUUUAAUUGGCCAAGUAAGUUGUACAAACAAGGAAUUUGACAUGGUGAAGUGGCUCUCAAUGUUCUUACAUAGAAUACACAUAACAACACAAAACAAACAAUGCGAUGGUUUAAGAAAAAGAAAGAAAUUAAAUGAAGUGCAGGGAUAAAUAUUGAAUGGUAUGAGUAUUACAGUUGUACAGUGAGGUUGAAAUAAAUAAUAUAAUUAAAUAUAAUUACAAUAUAAUAUAACUUUGGGAGUAUUUGUACAGUGGUUAUUAUAAAGAACCAGGGUUAUUGCACAGUGCCACGGUGGAUUGGCUGUUCAGAAGUGAGACGGCGUUGGGGAAGAAACUGUUUUUGUGUCUGGAGGUUUUGGUGAACAGAGAUCUGUAGCGCCUCCCGGAGGGGAGGACAUGGAAUAGGUUGUGUCCAGGGUGUGAGGGGUCUGCAGUGAUCAAUUCUGAUCGGAUCAAUUUUAAACCUUUGUUAAAAAAUUCCCCUCUUGUUAUUUGUUUGUUUGGGCUCUGCCGCUCUAAAAGGCCUAAAUUCUAUGAUCUUUAAUUUAACUUAUCACAAACUAGCUCUUAAAUAUGUUUAUGUAGGUCUUAAUUAUGUUAAUUUUAACUUGAUGCUACUUCCAUUUUUAAGGUAAAUGUUUGGCCGUACGUGCACAGUUUAUAAUGUUUUUGUGUGUUUUAGUUAUAUCUCAGUGAUGUGGAUAUUAGCACACCAAUCUGAAGGUAUCUCACUGCACAGUGAAAGACUAUACCUACUGUCCAAGAAGGUCGUUUUUAAGACAGUGAAGUGUUUUGAAGAUUUAUCUAAUUUGCUUCUUCACCGUAUCUUUAACUAUAGUGAAGUGUACGUAAUUCUGGAACUCUGAUAUAGCUUCAUAUCUGUUGUACUUGACGUAGGACUUCAUUUUAAUUUAUUAUUCAUCAUCAUGAAACCUGCAGAAACCCUGCCCUUAUGGGUGAAGUGUUGAAAUCACAGUUUGGUGCGUCUGUCAAUUAUCUUGUUUAAGCUUGGGUCAAAAGGUCGUCUGAAAUGUCCUGACAUUUAAACUGUGGCAGACCAGCUGUAGCUUCUACAUGUACUGUUUCUUAAUCUUUGGCUCUAGACUAACUGUUGGUUUCAUGUAGCCACUCUCUUGAAUGUGCGUCUUCACCCUCCUGAUCUCCUCAAAAUAGCAUUGUGCUGCCGGGAUUUCUGAAUUGUGUGUGUAUUAUAAACUGCAGAUCUCUUAAAUUGGAUCCUGCUCCCUGUUGGAGGAUUUCUCCCGGUUAAGAAGCAUGUGAGUUCCCCUGGGAGAGUGAGUCAGGAACAGCACAGAAUUCUACUAAAAUGUGUCUCAGUGUAAAAAAAAACCCACUAAUUUCACAACUCAUUUUAUUUCAGUGAAUCAAAUUAAGAUUCUGACUUUAGCUUCUUGCAUGUUUAAUAAUUUUGUAUUAAGUCAGUCCAUUAACUGGCAUAACUGAAAAAUGACUUAUGAUGGUUGGAUAUGAUGCAAGAUGAAAAGAUAGAGAAGUAAAUGGAAAUGCAGUGUAAAUCACAAAGUGUUUGUAUGCACAUCCUUAUUGGUAUGUGUCAUUUAAUAAAAUAUAUGUCAGGUAAAGAAAAAAAGAAAGUAUUAUUAGGUAUAAACUUAAAGGUAUGGAUUCAGUAAGUAAGAUAAGUAUAAGUAAAAAAAAAACAGUGUCGAUGCUCAGCGACAAGUAAGAGAUCUGUAAAAACAUGGGUAAAAGUAUUCAUCCCUGUAAAAGUUAUAUUUUAUUGCACCUUAUUAUUCAUCCACAAAUGAACAAACAGCUUUGAUGUAAGUCCUCAAAGUGGAACUAAUACUUCAAAGUUACAGUUUACAGCAUACCUCAUGUUUUUCAUAUCAGAACAUGAGCAAAAGUAAAUAGCACUUUAGCUGUCAAGUAAAUGUAACACAGUAAAAGUACACUGAAUGGAAAAUAUAAACUCUUAAGUACUAUUAACUCAAAAUUGUACUUAAAGAACUAGAUGAAGUGUGCCAAGGUCCAAUUAAGCGCUUGACAAAGAGUAGAACUUUAAAUAAUACCUUUAAAUUCAAUAAACAAUUUCAAUCUCAAUUAAGAUUUUUUGUCAUUUUUGUGUUAUAUAUGUGUACAUAAUAUUACCUGGUGUGGCCAAACCAAAGGCCAACAUUUUCCUUUUCUAUAUUAGAUGCUUAUAUGAGCUCCAAAGGCCUUGAUGGGAAUCUGUUGGAAUUCAUCAAGACAUUUAAAUGAAUUGCCAACACACCUCUUACAAUAGUUUAUAGAACAUUUUUACGAGUAAAUGAUCUAGAUCAACUUCUGUCGAACCCUUUACUUCCUACCCUCAUUCCUAUGACCUGUCCUGAACAUGCUCUGAAGAAAUCCAGGUAUUUAUGACUCAAUCACACUGAGCUGCCACAAAGGUUUAUCACAGACCUCCACAAGAAAAACAGUUCAACCUGUAGAAUAACACAGAGACCCCAGCCGACUCCUUUCUGUUAAAGGUUAAAGAUCCCAACACACUGUGCAGCUUCCUCCACAGACAGAGGGUUUGAGCUGCAGCCUGUCAACAGGGGCUGAGUUGUUUCCGAGGGGGAGUGGAGCCAGAGUUGAUCCACACCUCGGAGAUAGGUUCCAGCGUGUUCAGGCAGGACUCACUGCCUCACUCUGCGUUUUUUCCUCCGUAGUCAGUACAGAAACCACAGAGCGGCUCUAAUUGCUACAAGUGCCGGACAGUAUUUUUUCUAGAAAACAUCAGAAUGCAGGACAAGGCCAAGUGGGGCUCGGAAAAUAAACCAAACGGAGAGAUCAGCGAACAACCUCAGCCUCAAGAUGAGAGGAAAGCAGCGCAGAAGAGAACCUUCACCAGGUGGAUGAAUGGGUUUCUGCACAGGUGUGAUCCUCCGCUUGAGGUGCACGACCUGUUCGCAGACAUUCAGGAUGGAAGGAUACUCAUGGCCCUGCUGGAGGAGCUGACCGGCUGCAAACUGCUCUACAGGUUCAGGUCGUCUUCUCAACGCAUUUUCCGACUGAACAACAUUUCCAAGGCCCUGGCGUUCCUGGAUGACAGACAUGUUAAGCUCCUUGGAAUUGACGCCUCUGGUGUUGCUGAUGGCGUCCCCUCUGUUGUUCUUAACCUGGUCUGGAUCAUCAUCCUGCACUUCCAGGUAAAGGAGGUGACCAGAGGCCUCCACACGCACUUGUCUUCUAGCCUCUCUUCCUUAUCAGCGAGCGGUUACCCCUCUUCCAGUGACCUCUCUCUCCAGCCAAAUGACGUUGGCAGCUACUCGUGCAAAACCCUGCCAAGCAAGGGCAGGAAUGCUGCCAGGGCGCCAAAGUACCAUGGGAAAGCAAUCAAGUCUCUCCUGCAGUGGGUCCAAAGAUGCACAUCAAAGUUUGGGGUGGAGGUGCAUGACUUUGGGAAGAGCUGGAGAAGUGGGCUGGCAUUCCUCGCCAUGAUUAAGUGCAUAGAGCCGGACCUGGUGGACCUGCGGGAGAGUCUGUCCGGGGAGCCGAGGGAAAACCUUCAGCAGGCCUUCAUGAUAGCCCACCGCAGCUUUGGUAUAACACCUCUACUGGAGCCUGAAGGUGUAAUGUGCUCCUCACCAGAUGAGCAGUCCAUCAUUACCUAUGUGUCUAUGUUCCUGGGGCACUGUACAGGCAAAGAUGAGGUUCAAACAACGGACAUUGGAGUUCCUGAUAUCCCAAGUUAUGGUUCCCUUGAGUCAGUGAGAUUUGGAGAAACCCUCACUGACAACACAGGAGCCCAAGCUUUGCUCAGAGGUUUGGAGAAGAGCAGCGAGCAGCUUCUGUGGAAGCGGUGGGCCAGGAGAUCCCCGGCUGGCCCCCGUGCCGCCUCGCUCCACUUGAAUGACUCAGUCCCAUCUCUCCUCUCCUCCAGCGACGGUGACAUUGUUUCAUCCUGUUGUCGCCAAAACAUCACUGAGCAGUCUGAAGGCAGCUCUGCCUCCUCACCAUUCAACAAAAAGAGAGGGAGGCAUAGGAGUAUUUUACAGCCGCCCAGUCCUCUAGACGCAGGCGUAGUCAACGCAGACAUUCGAACCUGGAUGGAGAAAAGCUCGAAUCAGGUCCACGGCAAGUCCAGAGCGGACGAGAGUCGCUUUUCUUUGAGCUCAGAAGAGGGAAUCUACAGUUUGUCUGUGCUGGAUUCAGAUGAGGAGGAGGCCUACAGCUACAUCCUGGAUCUGAACAAAGACGUUUUUCAAAGGGUCGAAGAGGAGACAGUGGAAGAAAUCCACGAGGAGUCAAAGCAUCUGGAAGCACGUGACAUGUCCAAUGGUCAUGGAUCUGAACUUCAGGGAGGUUCUGUUGAACAAAAUGCAGAUUUCGAACAAGAAUCCGAAGACAGGGCUGAGUCAGUGGUUCACCGGAAGUUGGAUUUGGACGAAAAUGAAAGUAUGAGAUACAAUCGACCCGUGUUUGACAUGGAGCCAGAGGAUGGGAGCUUUAGAAAAGAGGAACCUGAGGAGGAAAGAGUUGUUGGAGGACAGGUUAAUGAUUAUGCUAGGGAGGAGAGGGAGAAGGAGACAGAGGAUGUUAGAUUAGUGACACAUGGAUAUGAUAAAACAGAGGCUCUGAUAGAUGAGGCAGAUAUUUGCAAAAUGGCUCCCUUUGAGGAAGACACUGACAAAGGGCUUUCUGUAAAAUGUGUACAAGUGAGUGAGAAGAUAGAAGCAGACAAGGAGGAGGAAAGAGAGAGUUUGGCAUCAGUUGAGAACGGGCAGGAUGGAAACUCAGGGAAAGACAAAGGGGAAGAGGGUGAUAAUAUGAAGGAAAAGAGAGGAAAUCCACACAGCGCUGUGACCUUAGUGGGGGUCGGAGUAAAUGAAAAAAUACAAACUAAUGAGGGUGUGAAUGAAGUCCGAGGCGUCAGUGCAGCUAGAACUCACACACAAGUAGAAAAUGACAGGAAAGACUCUGGCUCCAAAGCGGAGGAUUCAAUCAAGAACUGCGAUGUAGAUAGAACGGAGGCGUCCACUGACAAUGACACAAAUUCAAUGGAUCCUGAGUCAGUUAGAAGAGAAGAGGAAGAGGACAUGGGACUGAAGAUUAAGACAUACAAACUCACCGAUAAGAAGACAAUGACGAAAGAACAUCUGGGGAAAACUACUCCAAACAAUGACCCUGAUGGAAGUGUUAACAUUCAUGCUGGGGAUAGAAGUCGGACCUCUAACUCAUUCAGCGGCGAGGGAGGAUUCAUUCUUCAGCCUUCAGCCGCCUCUUGUGACAUAACCCCAUUAGAGCUGGAAAUGCUCUUGGUCUUUUGGAUGCUGCUCUACUGCUGCUUCAUCCUACCUCAAAUGAACCUCGGAGCCCCCCUGCUGUAAACCCUCCUUAUUCCGAUAGGCUUAUUAGCCCAGUUCCCACUAAUGAGCCAAACAGGGACACUUAAGGCUGUGUUGACUCUUUAUCUGUGUCGCUAAAUUUCCCUCCAGGCAACAUUUAAUGAUUAGGUUUGCCUCUCUCUGCCAGCAGAUGUAAUUUGUCAUUGGGGCUAUAGUUUCAGAUAAACCGUAACACUGUUUUCUAUUGUCAAACAGAUUUUCAGCUGUCAGCUCCUACACGGCAAACAUUAUUAUCCAAGUUUUGUGAGAUGUUUUUGUUGCUGAAUGCGCCUCCAAAAGUGCUUUGUUUAUUUGAUUCAUUCCUGUUGCAGAAAUAGUCCACAUGGUGGCGUUGCAGCAUCACAGCGGCAAGUGUCUGGCAUGAUAGACUGUCUAUACAGCAUUCUGCCGCCUGCUGAGGGGUCCAUCGGGCCUGCUGUUUAAUUAGAAGCUGUAUCGACAUGGUGAGAUUAAGCUCAUAACAUUUAAUGAGCACUUUGACAUUUCCUAGACUCACUCGUUGUGUUAAAGCAAAAGUUUAUCCACAAUUUAGGCGCGUCUCAUGACACUUUAAUGACUGUAAGAAUAAUAA